AUGUAUUGUUUGCUAUUGAAGGUAGAGGGUUUUGCUUCAGAAUUCAAAAAUUUGCAUGAGAAGCUGGAAGUUACUCCUGCACCUACAUCAUAUGAGAAGCUCAUUACAUACAGUUGUGUUUUACUUAAGGUCCAUGUCGCUCUUGAUAUAAUUGACCAAAUGUGUGAAGCAGGAUUGACGUUGUCAAUAGACAUGCUACACUCCAUAUUGCAUGCCAGUGAGCAGAGUUAUGAUUUUAAUCUGGUUCGACAAAUUCGUUCAAUUAUUUCCCAACAUGACUUGAAGCCAACUAGUGAGACCUUCAGGAGUAUGAUAAGCUUGAGUGUGAAAAUGAAAGAUUUUGAAGGUGCAUAUUCUAUGCUUUGUGAUAUGAAGGAAAUGAAUUUGACACCCACAGCUUGCAUGUACAAUGCUAUAAUGGCAGGAUAUUUUCGAGAGAAAAACAUAAAAUCUGGAUUAAUGGUUCUCAAACAAAUGGAACUUGAAGAUAUAAAGCCAGAUUCUCAAACCUUCAGCUAUCUAAUAAACAACUGUGACCGUGAAGAGGAUGUUGUUAAGUACUAUGAAGAACUGAAGCAUUCUGGACUCUCCCUCACUAAGCAAGUUUUCAUGUCACUUAUUAAUGGAUAUGCAGCUUGUGGACAGUUCGAGAAGGCAAAGGAGGUAAUCUUGGACAAAGGGAUACCUGUUAAGAGCUUAAACGAAAUCAAAAGUGUCCUUGUCUCAGCUCUUGCAGCAAAUGGGCAAAUGUCUGGUGCCCUUAAUAUAUAUGAAGAAAUCAAGCAAGCAGGAUUCACUCCGGAGCCUAAAGCUAUCAUAUAUCUGAUUGAGAACCUUCAAUCUGAGGGGCAGUUGGGUAGAUUGCUUCAGCUACUGGAGGAACUGAAUGAUCCAGAUUAUUGGAUUGAUGGUUGCUGCAGAGUUAUCUUAUAUUGCAUCCGACAUAAGCAUUUGAGUUCUGCAAUUGAUUUGCUGAGGAAACUCAAUGAGAAACGCUGUGAUAACGAGUUGGCCAUGGAAGUUCUUUUUGAUGAGGUAUUUUCCCUAGUUGCAGAGACAGAGCCUGUCGAUUUGGAGAUUGGCCUAGACUUGCUUCGAUUCGUGAAAGAUGAUCUUGGCCUUUCCCCUUCACGAAAGUGUCUUGAUUUUCUUCUCAACGCAUGUGUCAAUGCCAAGGAUUUGCAGAACUCUCUUUUCAUUUGGAAAGAAUAUAAGAGAGCCCACUUGCCUUACAACAUUCUUAGUUUUUUAAGGAUGUAUCAGGCACUUCUCGCUUCAGGUGACCAUAAAUCAGCAAAGAUUUUGCUAUCAAAAAUUCCUAGAGAUGAUCCUCAUGUGCGGUCCAUUGUCGGUGCUUGUAAAGCUACUUACAAAAGAGAAAAGAAGAUUGAGGAACAAAAAUUAGAUAGAACAUUUAUUUGCAACAAAGAAUGAAGCCAGAUUAAAAUGGAAUUUACUGAGGGCAUAGGCAGAAAUGCAUGUAUCUUGAUAUUCAAUUCAUUUGUAAGUUUAGAAUGAUGAUAUGUUUCUUAAAAAAAAUAAAAAGUGUGGAAUAUGUAUUAAUAUAGGCA